AUUAUUCUGACUAUGGAGAUUACUGGAGAGCAAAUUAUGAAGCAAAAUCUCCAGAAGAAUACAAAUACAACCGUGACCAGCUGAUCGAAGAUGUGGAGAAGACAUUUGAGCAGAUAAAACCUCUGUACGAGCAGCUGCAUGCCUAUGUGAGACACCGGCUGGGCCAGGUGUAUGGCCCUGAGCACAUCAGCUCCACAGGAUAUCUCCCUGCUCACUUGCUAGGUGAUAUGUGGGGCAGAUUUUGGACAAAUCUGUAUCCCUUGACUGUUCCCUAUCCUGCCAAACCAAACAUUGAUGUAACAUCUGCAAUGAUUGAAAAGAAAUGGAAUGCAAUUAAAAUAUUCAAAGCUGCUGAGGCCUUCUUCGCCUCCAUCGGCCUUAAUAACAUGACUCAGGGCUUCUGGGAAAACUCCAUGCUCACAGAGCCAAACGAUGGCAGGAAGGUUGUCUGCCAUCCUACGGCAUGGGACAUGGGGAAAUAUGACUACAGGAUCAAGAUGUGCACUAAAGUGUCCAUGGAUGACUUCCUGACUGCACACCACGAGAUGGGCCACAUCGAGUACGACAUGGCAUACUCUGCACAGCCCUACCUGCUGAGAAGUGGUGCCAAUGAGGGAUUCCACGAAGCAGUAGGUGAAAUUAUGUCACUUUCUGCAGCCACUCCUCAGCACUUGAAAUCUCUUGAUCUCCUGGAGCCAACUUUCCAAGAAGAUGAAGAAACUGAAAUCAACUUUCUGCUCAAACAAGCACUAACGAUUGUUGGAACAAUGCCUUUUACUUACAUGCUGGAAAAGUGGAGAUGGAUGGUGUUUAGGGGUGAGAUCCCUAAGGGUAAGUGGAAAGUGAAGAGAGAAAUUGUUGGUGUUAUGGAACCAGUCCCUCAUGAUGAGACCUACUGUGAUGCUGCAGCACUGUUUCAUGUGGCCAAUGAUUACUCCUUCAUAAGGUAUUACACCCGGACCAUCUAUCAGUUCCAGUUUCAGGAGGCACUUUGCAAGGCAGCUAACCAUAAUGGCCCUCUUCACAAAUGUGACAUUACCAACUCCACGGCAGCUGGUCAGAAGCUGAGACAAUUGCUGGAAUUAGGCAGAUCCAAGCCCUGGACUGAAGCCCUGGAAAGUGUAACAGGAGAGAAAUACAUGAAUGCAGCACCCUUGCUCCACUACUUUGAACCUUUAUAUGAGUGGCUGAAAAAAAACAAUACUGGCAGACUCAUUGGUUGGAAACAAGACUGGACUCUAUAUGCUGACAAUGCCGUCAAAGUGCGCAUCAGCCUGAAGUCAGCACUGGGGGCCCAAGCGUAUGACUGGGAUGACAAUGAGCUCUUCUUGUUUAAGUCAUCCAUCGCCUAUGCCAUGAGAAAAUACUUUGCAGAGAUGAAGAAACAGGAAGUUAACUUCCAGCUUACAGACAUUCAUGUUUUCAAUCAGACAGAAAGGAUCUCCUUCUACAUUGUGGUCACCAUGCCGGGUGAUAUCACUGAUGUUGUGCCCAAAGCUGACUUGGAAGAUGCCAUCAAGAGAUCUCGGGGACGAAUCAAUGAGGCUUUCAGACUGGAUGAUAACACACUGGAGUUUGUGGGCAUACUUCCAACCCUGGCCCCACCUUAUGAACCACCAGUCACCGUCUGGUUAAUUGUAUUUGGGGUGGUCAUGAGUCUGAUUGUCAUUGGAGCUAUUGCCUUGAUCAUCACGGGGCAGAGAGAUCGCAAAAGGAGAGCAAGAGAAAGCAGAGGUGCAGCAGAAACAAAUGAAGAUGUGAACCCUUAUGGUGAAGAGGGAAGAAGCAACCUGGGCUUUGAGACAACUGAAGAGACACAAACAUCAUUUUAA